GUGAGGGGAUCAAGGAUUACACUGAGAAGCCAUGAUCAAAUGGUGAGGCAGACUCAAUGGGCUGAAAAGCCUAAUUCUGCUCCUGUGUCUUAUGGUCUUAUUUUAAAUCUUACUACGCGGGAAUCAUGGAUUAGACAGAAUUCCAGAAUUUUCACAUUUGAGGUGGCUACUUGCACCAACAUAAUAUUUUUAAAUAAUUAAAAGAUAAUUCUCAUCCAGAAUAAGAAAUUGAUAACUUAGUUUUAAGAAGUUAUUCGUCAAACUAAUUCAGUAAAUCUUUUUCACAUAAGUAAAAUUAUGGUCAUGUUAGAUUAAUUAAAAAAUGUAAUUUUUUUUUGCUGGUCCCUUUUUCAGCUGGUAUUUGAAAUUGCAGUUAGUGUAAUGCGAAAACGUUUGUGUAGUUAACAUGAAUUUAUGACUGUUCACGCAAGACUAAUUGAAUGUUUAUAAGGCUUUAGCUGAGUACAUCUUGGUAACUGCAUUGAAUACUUGAAAGUAUUCCAUAAUGACAUUAGCCAGCGUAAGUCAGGUUCCCAGAAGCUAUAUUGUGUGGUUUGCUGUUUAAAUGUUGACACCCACUGUCCUUUACACAUUUUGGAACUUUUCUUUUAAGAAAAAUCUUCCUCGUGUGUAGUUAUUGUAAGGUGGAAUACUUUGCUUAAAAAAUUCUGUCACAGGCAGAGCAGCCUCUGACCUUUGACUUUGACAGUGAGGGAAUCUAAUAAUAUGCCAUUUGACUCGUAAGAUGAUCUUGACUCUUUGAUCAUUGCAUUCAUUUGAAAGUUUGAACAUGCAUAUAUUGCCGAGGUUGUUACUUUAGGGAGUGGUGAGGGUUGUAUUGUUCAGUGCUACAUGUUGCUAUAUGUUUGGAAAGAGAUCAGCCUUUUUAAUAAUUGUGGGAUUGUAAUGUACUUUGCCUUAAUUAUGUCCUAAAAUUGUGAAAUAAUUUGGCUGGAACAGAAUUGAGUGUUUUAAUAAAUAGCAAAGGUGGAAUGUGAUCAAUCUUGGUGGCCAGACUGAGCUUGUAUGAUCCCAUUAAGGAAGGAAUAUUCGAAAAAAUACAAUAUAAAAUAUCUUGCUUUUAGUCUGUUUAAAACAUAGCUUGUCACUUGUUACUUUAAGGUUUUGGUACUUUUUUUUUCAGUAUUUUUAUUUCUAGGGCAGUUUGAAAGAAAAUUGCUUAAAAUGCUAAUAUCACUCCCAACUUUGAAAUUCAAUGUAGAAUAAAUGCACGUAUUCCUCACUGUUAACUAAAAGCAAGCUACCAGAUUGCUAAAAUUAAACAUUGAUUGUCAGGAUUCUGUCUCCAUUCAUGUUAAUUUUAUGGUGAGGCAUAAGCUAAUUUCUCAUGGAGAUCCUUUGAUAUUUAGAGAUACUGGGGCAGCUGAGGCCCCGACUUUGCAUUCAAAAAUUCACAUAAAUGGUGGGGGACAACUGCUCUAACUAUUGUUGCAUAUCUCCCAACAGUGCUUCUUUCAAGCAUGGAAUGAUGCAAAGUGCUGUGUGCCCUUACUGGUAUAAGCAGGGAGCAGUGUAAUUGGGAGCAAUGUGGUAUUGGAAACUAAAACAGAAAUUGCUGGAAAAGCUCAGCAGGUCUGACAGUAUCUGUGCAGAGAAAGCAAAGUUAACAUUUUGGGUCCUGUGACACUCUUAACGAAUUGAAAGCUGUCUCUUAUGGAAGGGUUCAAAUAUUUUAAUCCAGGUAGGUUACAGCUGGUGCUAGAAUUGGCAGGGGUUUUGUUUUGCAAUAAUAAACAAUUGCAGCACAUUUGUAAACUUGGAAGAUGAUAGGUGAUACUGAUACCUGUGUUACAAAUGCUUCAAAGAGUGUGUAAAAUGAGUUCAAAUUCUGUUCCCACCCAUGAUUUUUUUAAAAAAAGACAAUAAGGCCUCUAUCGUGCCACACAAAUAGACAUUUGUACAUAACACGUGGCGACAGAAUGAAUGGCUGCUUUAAACACGCUGACUAACGCAAUCCCGUCUAUAUCUGAAUGCUGUCUCUAGGUCAAAGCCGUGGUUUCGCCUUCGUGGAGUUUAAUCACUUGCAGGACGCAACAAGAUGGAUGGAAGCCAACCAGCAGCGUUCCCUUACCAUUCUUGGAAAGUCCGUUUCGAUGCACUACAGCACAAAGCCUUUUGAAGACUGGAGUUGCAACAAGUGUGGGGUGACUAACUUCAAACGGCGAGAGAGAUGCUUUAAAUGUGAUGCUCAGAAGCCUGAAACUGAAGAGGAGCAAGUUCGUGUGCAGAGUGAACCAUUUAUGUCUGACUAUGCAAAUGACACCAUUAUUUUAAGAAACAUAGGUCCACACACUCCAAUGGAAUCUAUCCUGAGUGCAUUGGCUCCAUAUGCUGUGCUGUCUCCUGCAAAUGUCAGGUUGAUCAAGGACAAGCAGACACAAUUAAACAGAGGAUUUGCCUUUGUUCAGCUGGAUUCAUCUUUUGAAGCUUCUCAUCUCAUUCAGAUACUGCUUGCUCUGCAGCCUCCGUUAAACAUUGAUGGUCGGACCAUUAAUGUAGAUUUUGCCAAAUCUUUAAAGAAGGACCAUAUCCUUUCUGAUGGUAAUAAGAUCAGUUCGUCAACUGUUGCGAUCACAGCUAUUGCUGCAGCCCAGUGGUCGUCAAGUCAGGUGGGGCAAGGAUCAGAAGAUGGCAGCAUUGACUACAGCUACUUUCAACCUGGACAGGAUGGCUACAGUCAAUACGAUCAAAUGGCAUAUUCACAAGAUUAUGGACAGCAAAGUGGCUCUGCAGAUUCUACCCAACAGGGAUUGGCAGUCUAUCAAGCACCCGCAGUAAUCUCAGCUCCUCCUAUGGUUGCUAAAUCGGCAACAGUUUCCCAAGAUGGUCAGUCCUAUCAGUCGCAGAAUCAAUCUGAGACUCAAUCUACAGAUACCACUCCAUCUGAUGGUACCACAGAGUCUAAGGAUUCAAGCUACCCUGUGCCAGAUGUGUCCACUUAUCAAUAUGAUGAAUCAUCUGGAUUUUACUAUGAUGCGCAGACUGGAUUCUACUAUGACCCAAACUCCCAGUACUAUUACAAUCCACAGACUCAGCAGUACAUGUAUUGGGAUGGAGAGAAACAGACUUAUUUGCCUGCCCCAGAUCAAACUACACAGCAAAGCAAAACAGCCAGUGGGACUAAAAGUAAAGAGGGGAAAGAGAAGAAGGAAAAACCAAAGAGCAGGACAGCUCAACAGAUCGCCAAAGACAUGGAACGAUGGGCCAAGAGUCUAAAUAAACAGAAGGAUAAUGUCAAAACUGCUUUGCAGAUGAUUGCAUCUAAAGAAGAAGAGAGGAGAGAAUCUGCAGCAGCUGAUGCAGGAUUUGCUUUGUUUGAGAAAAGGGGGAUGAUAGAACGGCAGCCAAUGGUACUUGAACCAUUCAGUGGUUUAGUGGAACAUCUACGGGAUGAUGAUGAAAGUCCGUUAAAGAGAAAGUCCAGUCCACUACAGGGCCUUGUAGCAUCAUACAGUGGAGAAAGUGAAGAAGAGGAGCAAGAGACAGUCCAAGAACUGGAAGAAAAGCUGACAGAUUGGAACAAAAUAGCCUGUCUGCUGUGCAGAAGACAGUUUCCCAAUAAAGAGGCACUUACUCGGCAUCAGCAACUCUCCGACCUCCACAGGCAAAAUUUGGAAAUUCGUAGAAGGUCGCGAAUGUCUGACCGAGAGCUUGAGGCAUUAGAAAAAACAGAAAAUGAAAUGAAGUACAGAGACAGAGCAGCAGAAAGAAGAGAAAAGUAUGGAAUCCCAGAGCCUCCAGAACCGAAGAGAAAGAGGUUUAAUAAUGCUGCAAUAAUUGAUUUUGAGCAACCGACAAAGAAUGGUAUUAACAGUGAUAACAUUGGGAGCAGAAUGCUACAGGCUAUGGGUUGGAAAGAAGGCUCGGGGCUGGGUCGAAAUCAGCAAGGUAUUACAGCACCUAUACAGGCUCAAACAAGGAUGAAAGGCGCUGGUUUGGGAGCACGAGGAAGUUCGUAUGGCGUUACUACUUCAGAUUCCUACAAAGAUGCUGUUAAAAAAGCUAUGUUUACAAGAUUUAAUGAAUUGGAGUAAUUUAAGAGUGACUGUACAUAAUGUAAAUACUUUUUCCUAAUUUUUGCUACUGGAUAUGUACUUGAGUAAACAGUGCAAUUUGUCUGUAGGAAAUGUAAUUUUUUUGAUGCUUUGGUUAAAUCUUAUUUAUGUUAAAUGUACAAUGUACAUUUUGUAUUGUCCAUCAAGUGUAUAAUAAUGUAUCUACUGUUUUUUUUUGCAGAAUAAAUUUUGAAAAGAAUCCAA